UACCAUUAGAUGUUCUAACCCAAAAGGAGGUCUAGUGUUAUGCAACCUGCUCACAUUUCCAUCUUAAGGAUGGGGACUAAGAUGCUUAGGGUAGCAUCGUUUCGAUUGCCCGAUUUGGAUAUUUCUUAAAGCUCGAACAAGCCUCAGCCUUCAUGCAGGUGGCUCACUGACUGAAUACCUAGUGCAUUUAAGUUAAACGUGACGUAUUGAUCUAGGGGUUAUGCAGGCUGCUCACGAUAUCUAAAGCCCGAUAUACAGUCAAAUGUAGGUAUCUCGGACAUAAAGUAUCGAGCAACUAUAAUAUAAAUAUCGUAAUGGCGCGACAAUUUCGAUGUAAGUUUUGGUAUCAUCAAAAACAUAGAACUUAACCCAAGACGUUGAAUUAUCUGCCUCUCCAUAUUGCCUAUAUCUCAACACGUCAACUCGAAUAUUUUUCUUCAACAUGACUUUUCAUCCUGAUACACUCCCCGAUCUCAAGGGUAGAGUGUUCAUAGUCACGGGUGGAAAUUCCGGCAUAGGGUAUUACACCGUAGCUCAUCUUGCAGAACAUGGCGCCCACGUCUACAUGUGCGUCAGAUCUCUGGAGAAGGGUAAAGCAGCAAUCGCCAGCAUCAAGGAACUGUACCCCUCAGCCAACAUCGAUCUCCUACAAAUGGAUCUCAUGGAUCUUAAAAGCGUCGUCGCAGCUGCUGCACACUUCCUUACUCUCGAAACAGCCCUACAUGGCCUGAUCAAUAACGCAGGCAUCAUGGCGACGCCCUUUGAAAUGACCAAGGAUGGCCACGAAGCCCAAUGGCAGACUAAUUACCUUGCGCACUGGGUUUUGACAGAACAUCUGCUCCCUCUCAUGCUCCAGACUGCUAAGACGCUUCAGCCCGGUAGCGUGCGUAUUGUUAAUGUCACUUCAUCAGGUCACCUGGCCGCACCUAAGGGCGGUAUCAAUUUCAAAGACUUGUCACUGAAAGAUAGUAGUCCGUGGCCGCGAUAUGGUCAGAGCAAGCUUGCCAAUAUUUUGCACGCCAAGACCCUGAAUAAGACGUAUGGUCCAGGCUCAUCCCGUGCGCGAAAUGGGGAGGGCGAGAUCUGGGUUUCGUCUGUUCAUCCGGGUAUGGUUGAAACGAACAUUGCUACGUCAGUAGAGAAGUUGGAUUGGGGUAUGGGGAGUGUUUUCUCGAUUGCACGUAUGUUUGGAUUGAUAUGGCCUUCAAAUAAGGGAUCGUGGACGAGUAUAUUUUGCGCGGCGAGUCAGGAUAUGAAAGCGGAGCAGAGCGGCAUGUAUUUCGAAAUUUUCGGGCGGUUCGGGGAGCCAAAGUGCGAAAGUAGUGCAGCAAAGAACGAGGAGCUUGCGGAAAGGUUAGAGAAGUGGACCAAGGAAACGAUGAGAAGGGAGAAAUGGGUUCGAUGAUACCUAAAUCGUUGAAUUUUAGUUGUCGAGUUGUAUGUUUAAUUGAUCAUAGACUAUGAAG